AUGGCAUCCUGGUUGUACGAAUGUCUUUGUGAAGCUGAACUUGCACAGUAUUAUCCUCAUUUUACUGCCCUUGGCCUUCAGAAAAUAGAUGAGUUAGCCAAGGUUACAAUGAAGGACUACUCCAAAUUGGGAGUCCAUGACAUGAAUGACCGCAAACGUCUCUUCCAACUUAUCAAAAUUAUUAAGAUUAUGCAGGAAGAAGAUAAAGCAGUCAGUAGCCCAGAGCAUCAUCUUCAAACAAGCAGCCUGUACAUAAAGCCUCAGAAAUCCAGAUCUGGCCCUCGCAGGCAACUGCAUUUUGAUUCUCCUAUUGAGAAGAAAGACAGAACUGCCAGCAACAGUGGGUUUGAAAUGUGUAGUUUAUCAGAUUUCUCUGCAAAUGAACAGAAAUCCAGUGGCCUAAAAGUACUGGAGCACGUGCUACCGGAUGAUUCCCAGUACCAUACAAAAACAAGAAUUCUGAAUGCCACAGCUGCUGAUUCCUAUGUGCAGACAGAAAUGAAUACGCCAUUCUUUUCAUCAAGUCAUUUUUCUUCAAUACUGGGGGAUUGUGAUAUUCCCGUUAUUCAAAAAGUCUCUCAUGUUUCAGGGUAUAAUUAUGGAAUCCCUUAUUCUUGUAUCAGACAGACCACCUCAGAGAAAGAGAAUCCUUGGACUGAAAUGGAGAAAAUCAGAGUUUGUGUUCGAAAACGACCUCUGGGCGUGAGGGAGGUACGUCGUGGAGAAAUUAAUAUUAUUACUGUGGAAGACAAAGAAACGCUUCUUGUGCAUGAGAAGAAAGAAGCAGUUGACCUCACACAAUAUAUUUUGCAGCAUGUUUUUUAUUUUGAUGAAGUCUUUGGUGAGGCGUGCACCAAUUGGGAUGUAUACAUGAAGACAACUCACCCACUCAUUCAGCAUAUUUUCAAUGGAGGCAAUGCCACGUGCUUUGCAUAUGGACAGACAGGUGCUGGGAAGACCUACACCAUGAUAGGAACUCAUCAGAACCCAGGACUGUAUGCUUUGGCUGCUAAAGAUAUCUUCAAACAACUAGAAGUAUCCCAGCCAAGAAGGCACCUCUUUGUAUGGAUCAGUUUCUAUGAAAUCUACUGUGGACAGCUUUAUGACCUCCUAAAUCGAAGAAAAAGGCUCUUUGCAAGAGAAGAUAGCAAGCACAUGGUACAGAUAGUGGGACUUCAAGAGCUUCAAGUGGAUACUGUGGAGCUCCUUUUAGAGGUGAUCUUAAAGGGCAGUAAGGAGCGCAGCACUGGGGCCACUGGAGUUAAUGCAGAUUCUUCCCGCUCCCAUGCUAUCAUUCAAAUUCAGAUCAAAGAUUCAGCCAAGAGGACAUUUGGCAGGAUCUCUUUUAUUGACUUGGCUGGCAGUGAAAGAGCAGCAGAUGCCAGAGACUCAGAUAGACAGACAAAGAUGGAAGGCGCCGAAAUAAACCAGAGUCUUCUGGCUUUGAAGGAAUGUAUCCGAGCACUGGAUCAGGAACUCACCCACACUCCCUUCAGGCAAAGCAAGUUAACUCAGGUCCUGAAGGACUCUUUCAUUGGUAAUGCCAAAACCUGCAUGAUUGCCAACAUCUCACCAAGCCACAUGGCCACUGAGCACACUCUGAAUACCUUGCGCUAUGCUGAUCGGGUGAAAGAACUAAAGAAAGGGAUUAAAUGUUGUGCUUCAGCCACCAGUCGAAAUCGGACAUCUGGAAACUCCUCUCCAAAACGAGUUCAGAACUCCCCUGUGGCCCUGCCCGGGGACAAGUGUACUCCAAAAAAAGUCAGGCUACGACUUCAGCAGUCACUGACAAUGACAUCUGGCCCCACAAGAGGAAAGGCCCAGCCUCUGGCUGGCCACCCACCCAACAUCCCAUUUGCUUCUGUAUCUAAUGCUCCUGGUAAAAUGGGUGGCUCCAGAGGGAGUCCUCCCCACAGGUGGGUCAUUCAGACUAGCCCUGUCAGAGGAACCAUGGGGUCUAGACAUUUGGCCCAAAAGAAGGCGGAAGAAUCUGCACCAUUUUGCUCUGAGAAAAAUCACAUUGGCAACAAAACUGCCAUUGGGUGGGGAAGCAGGGCCCCUGGUAAGCUGCCUGCCAAGUGCAGGAAGGUGCAGACUGUGCAGCCAGUGCAGAAGCAGCUUGUUUCCCGAGUUGAGCUCUCCUUUGGCGACAUGCACCACUUAGCAGAGGACCGUCAGGACAGCAAAGGGGGCACGCUCGCCAAGCCUGCCUCUGAAGCUUGGACAAAUAUCCCUCCACAUCAGAAAGAGAGGGAGGAACAUUUGCGCUUUUAUCAUCAGCAGUUUCAGCAGCCACCUCUCCUUCAACAGAAGUUAAAGUACCAACCACUGGAAGGGCUUUUAUGCCAGUACAGGCCCCGAAAAGAUCAGCUCCCAACUGAGACCACCCCUGCGUUCCGCUCUUAUUCUGAGAGCCAUGAUGAGGCCCAAGCUGAAGACCCUGAUGACAGCGAUUUCAGUGAGGAUUCUUUUUCCCAUGUCUCUAGUCAGAGGACCACAAAGCGAAGAAACACCCUGAAGAGCAGUGAAGACUCGUUCUUCCUUCAUCAGAGGGAGCAGAGUUCUGAGGAGCAGGCAGCCGAAAGGCAGCAGAGUCUCUUUUUUAGACCCAGGACAGAUAGUGACAAGCAGGACCUAACUGAAAACUGGAUGUGCUCGAGGGACCCCAUAAGCCCCAGAACAUCAGUGCUCAAUCACUGUUGCAGCCCAAAUCACCAGCCCUUGGACUCGAACCGAGAGGACUCUACCUCCUCAGUGAUUUCUCCCAGGGGUAGCCUGGCAGAGAGGCCUUACUGCUCACAGGUGGAUUUUGUAUAUACCCCAAAAAGGAGUGGAGGCCCAGCCUUUGAGCUCAGGCAGGAUGCCUUCAUAAAUAAGGUUCCUGGGCAGGCUGAGGGCAGCUCACUAUCACCAGAAGAGGACAGUUUGAUUGUCUCACUGUCCCACAUUAUAGUUCCUGGGUCCUCAGAGAAAAGAGACAUUAUCACCACACCUUUGAGAGAAGUCAGUGAAGACUGCUCACCUCUAGUGACCAGAAUAGUGAACAAUAAUGACCCUUUCCAAGAAGACUUUGGAGGAGGAUCAGGCACAUGCUCUGAAUAUGCCUCUGGACUGAUGGCUCCCCUCUCUGUGUCCCUCCUGGAUAACCCACACCAUGAGAGCCCUCCUCCCUUGGGGAAGGUGGUCCUGCAUGGGCCUGCCCACAGUCUAAUAGCAGAGGGCACAGGAGGGUCAGUUAUGGGCCACACAGUGUCAUCUGAUGAUCAGGAGGCAGUCCUACCAACGCCUUCAGCAACUGGGUACCAGUGGCUCUCUUCGUCUCCUCCUGACAAUAAGCGUGGUGGUGAUCUUCCAGUUCUGUCCCCGUCACCCAUCCGUCAGCACCCACCUGACAAGCUACCCAACAAGGAUGCUGACCUGGGGGAGGCCCUCCAGGGCAGACAGACUGCACUCUUCUCCCAGGACCACAUGGGCAGUGAGCACUAUGAUGCCGACGCGGAGCAGACAGAGCUGGGUGGGUCCUGGAGUUUCCCAGGAAAGCCCUUCCCCACCACACAGAUGGGGAGAUCUCACUCUGGACCUCCACACACCCUACGGACAGAAAAUAGUGAUGUGGCUGACCAGCCCUGGGCCCAGGAGAGAAAACACACAGGGCAGGGUUGGCAGGAGCUGACUUUGUCCACAUAUCCCAUCAAGCUAUCCUGCUGCAACAAGGACAAAUGCAGGCCAAUCCCAAGGUGCUUGGCAAGACCUGGCUCUGCCCUGGUCCCUAGCUGCUCUGACAAGACUGCAGGGACAUUCUACCAGCCCACUCUGGGGCAAGCACAGCAGGUGGUGAUCCAAGCCCACCAGGAACUUCUGGAUGAAAUGGCUGAGCUUGGCUUCAAGGAGGAGACCCUGAUGAGCCAACUGACUUCUGAUGAUUUUGAAGAUUUUGUGACCCAGUUGGAUGAAAUCAUGGCUCUGAAAUCCAAGUGCAUCCAGAGUCUUAGGAGCCAGCUGCAGCUGUACCUGGCUUGUCACAGGCCAGCCGCAGCUCCCGAGAGGACAGUGGUGUCCUAA